CUUCCAAAGUCCGAAGUCUUUACAACUUAGUACCGGGGUUUUAAGAUCUUUUUCCCCUGUUGUUCUACAAAGGUUUUCACGGGAAGAAAUAGAAUUGGAAAUGGUUCAGGCUCGCAGGAGAGCCUUUAAUCAUGACAAGAGUCCGCAUUUUUUCAAAGUAUUUUUCCCCGAUCAAAGCUCCGAACGAUUGCGUGUGCCACCACCUUUUAUCAAGCACUUCAAUGGCGUAAUACCUGAGAGGGUCAUCCUUAGGAGUCGUAUUGGGAGGUUUUGGUCUGUGGAGAUGGCGCAAGAUGAAGACAACUGGUUUUUCCAGGACGGUUGGAAGGAAUUCGUACAAGAUAAUUCUUUGAGAUCUGGAUAUUUUUUAGUUUUCAGAUAUAACUACAAUUCAUCAUUCGAUGUUCUGAUAUUUGAUAGUACUUCCUGCGAGAAGGAAGAAUUUUCGACUUGUACAAAUGGUGGUAGGAGAAAAGCAGAAGAAGCUAAGGAAGAUUUAAACAAGAAUACUUCUAGUUUAAAGCGGGUGUAUUUUGUUAGGAACCCUCAAGAGGUUAGGAGAAAGAAAUGUGGGUGCACUCAGUCAAAAAGGGCUGUUGCAGUCGAGGCUGAAGAGGAGAGGGUACCUAAAGCAGAAAAGUUGGUUAAGCCUAAAGAGAAGAUAGUAACAAAGGCCAACAAAUUGGAUAAACCUAAGAACCCACAAUUUACAGCUUGUUUCAGUAUGUUAAUGGCACAUCUCUUGGCUAAGAGACCAUUUGGGAGGGUUUCAGCAUUGGCCGAUUUCUCAAUUCAAAGAAGCUAGCAAAACCAACUUCACCAGAGAAAGUCGAUUUCUCAAUUCAAUAUUUCAAUGUAAGCAUUUUUGGGCUUUCUGGGUUUUUCAUCAAACAUAGGUUCGCAGCUUUCCAUGCAGAACCUAUCUUGCAAUGCUGCAAUACUAUUCCAUCCGCACCAAUUUUAAAUGUUGGAUACACCAUGCCUGGUGGCCACCGUUCAAAACUCAAAACCAAUUAUGUAUAAAGGUACGUUUGGUUGCAGUCGGAAUCAAAAUCAAAAUCAUUUGAAAUCAAAAUUAGAAUGACCUAUUCUCAUAAUCUGUUUGGUUUAGAUAGGAAUCAGAAUCAGAAUUGGAAUAAGCUGGAAUAAGAAUUCUCAAGAGAAGGGGAGGGAAUGGAAUGGUCAUUCCCUCAGAUGGGGGAAUUCCAUUCCAACAGAAAUGGGAACGGAAUUCAGUUCCACCCAACCAAAUAGUUGCAUGUUGCAAACAGAAUGACAGAUUGUGAUUUCAAACCCUUAUUCCCACGAACCAAAUGGGCCCUGAAUUUGAAAGUGACUUUAAAACCCAAAAGAAUGCUUGCAACUGGACCCAAUCCGAGUGCAGUUCACUUGAACCAUAAAAGCAGAUAGAGGACGAGUGGUGCAACUUGUCAAAAUUUAAAACCCAAAAGAAUGCUCGGGUUGGCCUCUUGUCAAAAUUUAAAAACACCAAUUCAGUUAGUUUUGAUGAUUUUCAAUUUUUGAUAUUGCAAUCAGCAAAAGGGCUUGAAGCUAGUACUGGUUCACGGUAGUUGCUAUGUUCAGCUGAAGCCUGAAGAGGGUGAAACUGCUAUCCUGUUUUUGAAUUGGAUGGGAGAGUCCACUGGUCCUCCAGAAGGGGUGGAACUCGGGUUGACCAACCUGAGUUCACAUUUUACACCUAUUAGACCGUGUCCAGGUCAGAAUUUUUUAGCCUCACCGUUCAGGGGGUGCUAUCCCAUCAUAGAGUACGUAAGGUAAAGACCAUCCUACUAACCACAAUGACCGUAGAUGGAACUACCGAGUCCUGAUCAGACAUUUCGGGCAUCAAAAUUGAUUGGAGAGAAACCUAACAGACGUUCAAUAACACACCCCUUAGACCCUUACAUAAGCACUUUGAAUUGGGAGAAUGACUGAUCAGUCCAGUUCAAAAUUUUUAGCCCCACUAUGCAGGGGAUGAAUCAUUGUUUCUGUGAAUGAGCUAAAUUCUGAGGCAUGACCCAUCCGACAGCUAUCUAACAAAUUGGACGGUUCAAAUUUGUUAGAUAGGAAGCCCAGUUGUGUUUGGUGGUGGUUUUAUAGAUAUCUCUUCUUUGUAUGAGACAAACUCCUAUUCACCACUUGAUUUGUAUCAAAUGGAACACGACACAACUCACAAUGACGGUGGGGUAGGGGGUCUCGUGCAAAUUGCAAUCUGACGUCAACUUUGGCUUCCUCUCUCUCUCU